AUGUCGUCGGCCAACACGUCUCUCGUGUAUGAUGCCGUCAAGAGUGUAGGAGGUCCCUUCUCCCUCCUUCCCGAAGAGAUGAUCGCCGGGGGCGUCGCUGGUUUUGUGGAGCACGCCGCCAUGUUUCCGUUCGACACGAUCAAAACCAGAAUACAGAGCGGGAGCUCGCAUAGCAUUGCGUCUGUCCUUCGUCACGUGUGGCGUAGCGAGCCUCUGGCGCAUCUUUACCGUGGAUUGCUCCCCAUCCUUGUCUCGGCUGUCCCGUCGCACGGGGUAUACUUUGGCACAUACGAGUCGGCGAAACGAAUUUUUGGAGACGAAUCAAACACAUCUAUUAUGCUUGCCUCGAGUUGCGCGGUGGCGGCUCACGACACUAUUGCCACUCCUUUUGAUGUGGUGAAGCAGCGGAUGCAGAUGGACAGGGCGAGGCGAUUUGGGUCUUCGCUGCGGUGCGCGCGGCACGUUCUUGCGGAGGAUGGAACCCGCGUUUUUUUCGUUUCAUUGCCCACAACAAUAUUGAUGAACGUGCCACACUUUGCAACCUACUGGACGGUAUACGAGGGCUUCCUGUCCUUCCUAGGCGGCGGGCGCCGCGACAAGGAGAAUGAGCUCGCAGUGGAGUACGUGGCUGCUGCCCUGCUAGCCGGCACCACGGCGUCAAUAGUUUCUUCCCCGUUGGAUGUGACGAAGACCCACCUGCAGCUGGGGAAAGAAUCCCGCGUUUUGUCGGCGUUUCAAAAUAUUAUUCGAACCCGAGGUGUGCGUGGGUUCCUUGCCGGCGUCUCUGCGAGAAUCAUGCACACUGCCCCCUCAGGCGCACUGACGAUGAUCACGUACGAGAUGACCAAAAGGGCCCUGGAGCGACAUUGA